AUGGACUUCACGACCAUCCUGAACAGGAAAAACUCCGCCGCUGCAGCAGCCGCCGCCGAAGCGCAGCUACAACAACAGUACUUUCAGCAGAGUGCCCAGUUGCACGGAGCAUCGCCCACGAUGAAGAGCGAAUCUGGUGGCUCGGACAACCCGGUCAACGCAUACCCUCCCCACGGUCCCCCACCCAUGCAGAUGGACGCUGGGCUCGCCGACACCUUCUACUACGCACAGCCCACGGGCUCCACCCCCGAAACAUGGCCUAUGCUCCUGCGGGAUACGCUGGCGAUCCGCAGAUGCAGCAGGAACCUGUUCCUCAAGGGAGGUCGGGCGUUGACCCGCCUCCCAAGACCUUCCAUUGCUCAACCUGUAACAAGGGAUUCGCGCGGCGCAGCGACCUUGCACGUCAUGCGUAUUCAUACUGGAGUUAGACCCCACGCUUGCGAUUGGCCUGGGUGUGGGAAGCAAUUCAUCCAGCGCUCCGCGCUGACAGUGCAUUCCCGUGUGCAUACUGGAGAGAAGCCGCAUAUGUGCGAGCGUUGUGGCAAGCCUUUCAGUGACUCGUCUUCGUUGGCAAGACAUCGCCGUAUUCACUCCGGGAAGCGCCCCUACAAAUGCCCGUACGCCAACUGUCAGAAGACAUUCACGCGCCGCACGACAUUAACCCGACACCAAAAUCACCACACUGGUACAAUCGAAGAGGCCGCGGCUGAGACCGAGGCCCAAUUGCGCCAAAACAAGGACCGUGGUCGACCUGGCGAAGGAAUGUUCUCCGAGCAUGGCUCAAUCCACUCCACACCCUCUCCUGCACAGCACCCAUCUAUGUCACCCGGUGGUGAGCUUCCUCCUUUGAACAUGCACCGCUCCGCUGGCGACUACUACAUGGGCACCGGUCCCAUCCCGCCUCAUGUGCGCGGCGAUUUCCCCCAAGCCAGCCCCCGGGCUUCCCCAACUGCCACAUCCCCCUCGCUCUCCAGCUACGGUAGUGCGCCUCAUGCUCGGCCAUCCAUGACCUCGCAUCCCUAUGCUCCGCCCCAACCACUGGAGCCGCCCGCCAACAGCGACCACCGGCCCAAUAGCGUCAGCGGGAGCCCUCAUAUGACCAGCCUAGGCUGGGCAUCUCCCUCGCAUGGCAGCAUGCCUUCCCCAGGCUCAGCCAACGACUUCACCUACCCCGAGCCGAAUGGUCCGGCAUACCCUACCUCCAUGCCACCACACAUGUACUUCCCCAACUCCACCAUCCGUCGUCCUACCAGCACGGAGCCGGAGAACUACGAAAUGAAGCCUCGCGGCGAUCACUCAUGGUCCACAGCUGUAUGA